UGUGGGGCGGGGAUUCCCGGCCGCGCUGCUGUGACGUAGCGCUCGCCCCGCGGCACGUGCGCCGGGUGAGGCCUUCUCUACCUGCUGCGGCGUCCGGAGCAGUUCCCCCGCUCGCCCGGCUCGGGGCCCGGCGGGACGCAGCGAUCUCCCCGCUAGGCGAUGGGCAAGAGCAGGGCGAAGGUGCCGCGGCUGCAGAGCGUGUUCCACGUGGCCAACAGCAAACUCCGCAAGGCCAAGGCCAAGCGCGUCACCACGGGCCUGAAGAAGAUAAACAUUGUGAAUAAUGAAAAAAUUAGCAUGGUAGACAAAGCAUUUACUGAAGUACAGAAAGAAGUCAAGCAACUAUCAAAAGGAAUUUCAGCAGAAUCUCAAAAGGGACAUCUGGUUUCUAAACCCCUGGAAAGUGAACCAGCCAACGUGGAUGCUGCUACAGACUUAUUAUCACAGUUGUAAUGCACAAUGACAGAGCUACAAAUUUCAAAACCAAAUAAUGAUGAAAACUACUAGAUUCUUUGUACAGUUUUAUUAAAAAAAUCUUGUUAAUAUACAAGCAUCAGCACACUUUAAUACAAACUACAAACAGACCUUUCCUAUUGUCUAGGAAAGUGGAAUGUCAGAAGUCAAUGUGAGAAACUUAAAGUGCUAAAACAGAAGGCACUUCACAAAAUUGGUUCACUGAAACAAUUUAGCAUAACCAUGUUACUGUCCUUCACCUUAUAGUUUGGCAGUGAAAGCUUUAAAAUUGUUUGAAAAAGAUUUUAAAAAAUACAAAAAGCUUCUUGGCAGUAAAGCUUCAUACACAAUGCUUUUACCUGUAAGUAACAAGCCUGGGUCAUUACAAAAAAAAAAAAAAAAAAAA